GCGCGAAUUGCGUCUUUGUUUUAGCAACAGGCGGCCGAGGUCGAUAAAAUAAAAAAGAAAAAGAAAGAAAGAAAUCGGCCGAUGAUAAUAAAAAUAAUUUCGGUUGUGAGUGCAAGUGUGAUACGGGCUUUAUAUCGCGGAACGCGCAUUGGUUGGCGGCCGAACAGUUGCGCAUCGCCGUGUUACCCGGGUCACGUUGACGUAGCCAUUGCAGUCACGGCCGCCAUUUUAAAUUAUAUAAAGUUUAUGUUAUUUUUAGGGUUUUUUGUGUAAAUUUUGUGUGCGUUUAAAAUUGCGUUACAAAGGCUAUGGCCGAAGGAAAUGGUGAAUUAUCAGAAGAGCCAAUGAAAAUUGAAGGGGAACCCGAGAGAACCGAAGACUAUCAAAAAUUAAUAGAAUAUGGCCUCGAUGAGAAGGUGGCUGCUAAGUUAGACGAGAUUUAUAAGACUGGAAAACUAGCACAUGUCGACCUCGAUGAGAGAGCUCUCGAUGCUCUCAAGGAGUUUCCCGUCGAUGGGGCCCUUAACGUUCUGGGCCAGUUCCUGGACUCGAAUUUGGAACAUGUCUCGAAUAAAUCGGCUUAUCUUUGCGGCGUUAUGAAGACCUAUCGGCAGAAGAGUCGCGCCGGUUCGAGUCAAGGGACGACAACUCCUGCACCCGCUCCUGUCAAAGGACCCGACGAAGAGAAGAUCAAGCAGAUUUUGGACAGGACGGGAUAUACGUUGGAUGUCACCACUGGUCAACGCAAGUAUGGAGGUCCUCCGCCAGGAUGGGAUGGGUCGCCUCCAGGUGCCGGCUGUGAAGUCUUCUGCGGGAAGAUCCCGAAGGAUAUGUACGAGGAUGAAUUGAUCCCACUGUUUGAGGGUUGCGGCACGAUUUGGGAUUUGAGAUUGAUGAUGGACCCAAUGACCGGCACCAACAGAGGGUAUGCAUUCGUGACGUUUACGACACGUGAUGCUGCCCAGCAAGCCGUCCAAAAGCUCGAUAAUCACGAAAUCAAACCCGGCAAGACCCUGAAAAUUAACAUUAGUGUUCCGAACCUCCGACUUUUCGUGGGCAACAUACCAAAGUCUAAAGGCAAAGAGGAGAUACUGGAAGAGUUUGGUAAAUUAACAGCCGGCCUUGUGGAAGUCAUCAUCUACAGCUCACCGGACGACAAGAAGAAGAAUCGCGGCUUCUGUUUCCUAGAAUAUGAAUCGCACAAAGCCGCUUCGUUGGCCAAGCGUCGACUGGGCACUGGACGAAUCAAAGUUUGGGGUUGUGACAUCAUUGUCGAUUGGGCUGAUCCACAAGAAGAACCAGACGAACAAACCAUGUCGAAGGUUAAAGUCUUGUACGUACGAAAUUUAACGCAAGAAAUCAGCGAAGAGAAACUCAAAGAAGCGUUCGAGGCCUAUGGAAAAGUAGAACGUGUUAAAAAAAUUAAAGAUUACGCCUUUAUACAUUUUGAAGAUCGGGAAAAUGCCGUUAAAGCCAUGGAAGAAUUAGAUGGGAAAGAGAUGGGCGGGUCCAAUAUAGAAGUAUCGUUAGCUAAACCUCCGUCCGAUAAAAAGAAAAAGGAAGAAAUUUUAAGAGCGCGUGAACGACGUAUGAUGCAAAUGAUGCAAGUGCGUGGAGGAAUGAUGCCAGGUGCUAUGCCUCUGAGGGGACCACCUGGACAGGGAGCGAGGAGCGGUGCCGGUAUGAGAGGACCGAUGGGCCGUGGGGAUUACGAUUAUGAUUACGACUAUUACGGGUACGGGGAUUAUCGAGGCGGCUACAGUGACCCAUAUUAUGAUGACUAUUACCGGUAUGAAGAUUACUAUUAUGAUUAUCCGACGGCGCCGACGCAAUCCCGAGGGAGAGGCCGGCAACCACAACCGGAACUGGAUGAAGGAGGCACGUUGAGUUCGACCAGCGUGUUCUACGAAGUUAGCAGUGGGAAUCAGGCUGGCCGUGGGCGUGGGGUGGUGGCACGUGGCCGGGCCGGUGGGCCCCCAGCCCGUGGGGCGGCGGCCAACAGAGCGGGCCGGGGAGGAGUAGCAGGGGGCCGUGGGGCAGCACGCCAAACCGCUCGUGGGGGAGUGGGCCGCGCCAAGGGAAGUUUACCAGCAGGUAAACGGAAAUUUGACGGGGGUCACCAGAACCAAGGGGAGACAAAGCGCAGAUACCAGAGCAACUGGGGUAGCCAGCCCCUCCCGCAGCAGCCGCUGGGGGCGGACGUCAAUGGAGAGCAGCAGGCGUGGUACCAGGAUUCGUACGGGUCCUGGAGCUAAGUGAUAGGACAGUGCAGCCCACGGUGGGACUGAGUGCGAGUGGCCCUACGUCUGGGCAAGGGUGGGCGCACCCUCUAGUGCCUGCUGGUGUGCGCCUGCGCCCUACAUAGAGGAACCCAACAGCUGAUGGUGUCCCCAUACUAUUAAUUCAUUGAUAAUAUCUAUCUGCAUUCGUUUUUUUUUAAAUAAUAAUUUGUUGAUUUGAUUACUUCGUAUGCCAUGUUGGAUUUUUCUAAAUUUUUUAACUGUAUCGUUUGAAAUUCAUUUUGAAAAUUAAAUUGUAUAAGUUAUUUUUUUUUAUUAUGUUUUAAUGUUAUUUGGGUGAUGUGUCCCCUUGCUCUGGAGGUUACAUCGCAGGGACGUCGCCCGUCGUUAUAGUCUCGGUGCAGGUUGGCGUCCCGACACAUGGGACGGACAGUCUGCACUUUAUUCUAAUUUUUUCUUGUGUUUUUUUUUAUUACUUUUUAUUACUUAAUUGCAACCCGACAUCCCAGGUGUCACAUCACUGCAUAGAUUCGGUUAUAAUCGUGGUUUUGUAAAUUAAAUAAAUUCGUCUGUUGGCUGUUUUACUGAAACACUGACUGUAUGGAAGAAGCAUGGGUUUGGCACUGUUUAGCGCGAUCGGUGGCCGAUCACCGAUCGGGCAGGGCAUGGAGGGACUGCACUCGGUUCAUGCAGUGUCCUGACUAAGACCGUUGCUCAUGAAACGAGUGAGUUUUAUUAUAUGUAUAAUAUAAUUAUAUAUUUUAUUCCUGCAAAUGCAUUUUUGCAUUGUGAUGUAUUUUAGCAGUAAUUUAAGGAGUUUAAAAGCAUAUACUUCUGUUUCCGGCACCGGAUUAACAAUUACAGUUCAGCUCCAGACAGAAAUAUUACAGCUAAAACACUCAUUUGCAAUGUUAGGCUCAAUAUCAUGGUUAAUGAUUUUUUUUAUUUAACAAUAAUUGUAUCGAUUAAUUUUAUUGAUGAUUUGCUUUUUGCUUCCCCGGCAUAUCCCUUUCAGUACUACACACUGUAACAAAGUUGAUCUGUCCUUUUAAUCUUUAGUGUGAUGUAGCUAAUCAAUUGACAUUAUACUGUAUUAGAAUUAUAUACAUUCUAUCACUAGUAACACAAAUUGCCAUUCACUACAACUACUCCAACCAGCUGAUUGUGCGUGGUGGUGCUUGUUCGCAAGCCCGCCACAGGGUGAUCCAAAUCGGCCGGCCGUCGCUGACUGUUACUGUACUGUAUUAAUGGUCGGAGUUGCCAGCUUCGAAAACUCGACGACUUGUUAUGAUGUAUAUCGUCUAUCAAUUAAUUCUGAGAGGACUGAUGAUUUAUAUGUCUCAAUAAACAGUUGUAUGUGUAUUACAUUUUAA